CUAAACCAAUCCACUAACUACAGCUGCUGAGCUGGUGAAUGACAGAUAACAACGACACAGUUCCUGCCUCCUUCAGCUGAUGGUCCUGGCUCCAGUAGCCAAAAUCCAAUGAUCGUGCGCCAGCUCACCUGUAGAGGCCUCAUAAACUCUCACCUUCAUGGCCACCUGAAAAGACUGCGGGGCUGCCAAGACAUGGCCAGACCAAGUUCAGACCUGGCAUCAUUCAGGGAGAUUUUCUCCAAGGCCAACCAUAUAGCCAUCAUCACUGGAUCAGGGGUGAGUGCAGAGAGUGGAGUCCCCACCUUCAGAGGAACUGGAGGCUACUGGAGAACAUGGCAAUCACAGAACCUUGCCACGGCAGAGGCCUUCUCCAGGAAUCCCUCCCUUGUUUGGGAGUUUUACCACUACCGCCGUGAGCUCAUGCUGACUAAAAAGCCCAACCCUGCCCACAAGGCCAUCGCAGAGUGUGAGGAGCGACUGAGCAAACAGGGACGUACAGUUACAGUCAUCACUCAAAAUAUCGACGAGCUCCACUGCCGUGCUGGAUCCAAAAACAUGCUAGAAAUACACGGCAAUCUAUUUAGAACGCGCUGUAUGAGCUGUGGCCAUGAAGCAGCCAAUUACAAGAGCCCCAUCUGUGUCGCUCUAGACGGCAAAGGAGCUCCAGACCCAGAAACAGUUGAUGCCCAGAUCCCUGUUGAUCAGCUGCCCAGGUGUGAGCAGAAGGGCUGUCACGGUCUCCUGAGACCAGCUGUGGUUUGGUUUGGAGAGACUCUGAACUCAAACAUCCUCAGCCAAGCAGAGCGAGUGUUGGACAGCUGUGACCUCUGCCUCGUGGUUGGCACUUCCUCCAUUGUGUAUCCAGCAGCCAUGUUUGCUCCUCAGGUGGCAGCCAGAGGUGUUCCUGUGGCUGAAUUCAACACGGAAGACACACCGGCCACCAUGCGCUUCAUGUUCCACUUCCAGGGCCCCUGUGGGAGCACUUUACCUCCUGCACUGGCACGCCACGAGACUGAGACAAAAUAAAGAUGAGUCCUGGACGUCAGCUGCACACAGACCAGACUGUCUAACAGUGGAGGACUUUAUUGGUACAAAUACCAAAAAUACUGGGUUGAAUACAAUGAAUACCCAACAUAAACAGGGUGAAGACGGGCUUCCUGAAAAUAAUGCCAACAAAAUGAAAGACAAAAAGGAAACAGUUUCUUCAAGCUGUUAAACAGAUAAAAUUGCAUGCACACAACUUAAGGCAUUUAAUUUCAAGUUGAUACAUUUUGUCUUUGUGGUGUCAAGCUUUAAUUAUGUAUUCUCUGAAUUAGGACAUGAUGACAGAUUCAACUAUUUAAUUUUUCUGUAAAUGAAAAAUUCAUUUCCAAUUUAGAAUUUUUAACAUUGUAGCAGAUGUUGCUAUGAUGCCAAAUCACACAACACUAGUGCCCUAUACUGACUGUUGCCAACACCAAAUUUAAGUUAUAAAUGUGAAACUUUUUCAUGAGUGUUUGUAAAAUUUAUGAACUGUGCUGUUUAUAACAAGCAAUGUUUAGAAAGAAAAUGUUGAAAAUAAGUAGCAAUGACAACAGUUAAAAUACAGUCACAUGUAGGCCAAUGUUAUCACUCCUUUUAUCCUGAGUUAGUAUUGGAGGUCAGACAGUAGGGGGCAGUGUUUGGCUGCUGCUGUUGAAGCUAUGACUCCUCCAGUGGGGAAAAAAACCUGACUCCUUCUAAAGGAUCUGUGGGCUCUGCCUGGGAUAUAUUUUGUGUGUGUAUAAGUCAAUUCAAUGUUGUCUGAAUUUAUGGGCAGUGAUGAAUACUGUGUAUGAUGCCUUCCAGUAAGCCAUGAGUAAGCCCUAGUAAAACCAGGGAAACCAGUGACUGUGCAUCCCCCAAACCAGUCAUGAGGAGAUGGAUUUAUUACCUGCAUGUUAAAGUUCGGACAUGAUUUUAACAGCAUAUUCAUAAGAAAUGAAUAAAUGAAUACUGUUAUAAACUGAA